AUGUUGUCGGGUAGCUCAAUUUGUAUUGAGCUUUUGUUUCUUGUGCUUUUAUCACAUUCUAGUAGCGAUGUACACGGGAUUACAGAAACAGCUGGUUAUGCGACCUCGUCACAAUCUUUGGAGACAGAAGAAACAGAAGCGACUGAUUAUUCUGAUGACAUAAUUUUUCCAGUCAUGAAUGUAUCUUACAGUGACAUUACUGCCAACGGUACUAGUUUACCAUAUUUACCUACAACAACAACAACAACCGAUGAACCUAACUCGACAACAUGGGAAUCAACCACUAUAGUACUUCAAAACACAACAGAUCAUUCAAAUGAUUCGACUAUAGCGAUAGAAACAACGGAAACAGCUACAACAAUGGGAGUGACAACAAAAGAAAUGGAGACAACAACAGUAACAACGGCAACAGAUAUGAUCACAACAGUUGUACCAAUUCCAAAUGUACACAAAUUUUCGCUGAAAAAUGGAAGCUCUUACUGCCUUCUGUUUCAAAGCGAUAUAAAAUUUCAAAUUUUCUAUCACAGUCAGAAUAAACUGGUAAAAUCUUACGAAUUUACUGUAUCUAAUGCUACUAUUAACGAUAAUGAAAGUGUAUGUAGUGAACAUUACACAAAAUUAUCACUCACGUUCAUACCAUAUGGACAAAACGAAGAGCAUAAGUGGACAUUAGUUCUUUUGUUUAAUCUUAUGGAACCAAACAAAACUUCAAAUGAUGCGACUACUGUGAGAUCUACUUAUACAUUGAACAGUUUAAUAUUAAAUUAUUAUAUGGAUAAGACUUUAUUUCCGGAUUCAUUGACACCAGGUCAAUAUGUUAAUGUGUCCAGCAAUAAUAUGGUAUUUAGAAUACCUGUUGGAUCAUAUUAUUCAUGUUUGAUUGUACCGGAAAUUACCUUGACUGGAAAUGAAAAAAUCUUUAAUAGUUGCAAGUUAUUUAUGAAAAAUUUGAAAGUAGAAGCAUUCAUGAACAAUUCUGUGGAAGCAUUUAUUGGGAACGAAACGUUAUGUGAAUCAGAUGUUAAUGUUAAUAAUAUGGUACCUAUUGGUGUUGGUAUUGCACUAAUUGUCUGUAUUGUGGUUGCCAUAACUGUAUUUAUUGUUUUCAGCAAACGCAAUCGUCGUAGUUACACUACACUUUAA